UAAAUAUUUUAAAUAUUUGCACUUUUAAAAAUGCAUUUGUCGCGCAGCAGGUUUCCUUUUUAGUGUCUUUUUCACAUUUUAAAGCUGAUAUUUCUGAAGAUCUUUUUGGGUAGCAGUUCAUUUCAAGCAUGCGUAUGGUCCUCACCACUUCAAAUACAUAACUGCUUUAUUUACAUUCUGAAAUGUUAUGGGUAUAUUCGUGCAUCUUUUUGUCUGACGUUCAGAUUAAAGUGUAAACAUGCUACAAAUGUGUCAUAUUAAUCACAUUUCUCUCUUUAAUAAUUAUUAAAUGUUAAUGCUGAUAUUAAAACCUAGCGCUCUCUAGUUAACACUAAACCUAAAGUCUAUUUUUAGAUGUAGUCUGGAUCAGGUGGAAACAAGAUUGGCCGAUUGUGAGACCUGUAAUAGUUAUAUCUGGAGCGUAGUUACUGUGUGUGCUGUGGUCAGUGUUGUUUGUUGCUAGAGGGCUGACAUCACCUCCAACAGAAGAACAAUGAGUGGAAGAGCAGAAACACAAUCCCCGACCUUCAUCGAAACGUACAAUUACCCAGCAGGUCAGGAAGAGGUUUCCACAGAGAUCUCAGAUCUGACGGCUAACAAGAAGACUUAUAAACCUCACUGAGCGAGCGACCGAUACGAGAACGACGCGGAGAGCAGGUACGUCAGCCUUCAGCAUCUCCGCUAACCAUCUGACUGAACACUAGUUUAAACAGGCAACAUCGUUUAGGCACGCUUUAUAGUAUAUACUGUAUGGUAUGCUUAAAUGUAUAUUAAUAAUAUAUUAGUUGUAAAUGUAAAAAAGUUUCCAUGUGAAUAACUAACACUGUCGUUAUUUUCUAGCACCAUUUAAUCAGAAGAAAGAAAACGGUAGCACUACGGUAAUUCAUAUUUUGAUAGAUAAUAUUUUAACUGUAGCAAACACAGAUGCACCAACGCAUGGAUGGAAAGUCAGUGACCGCCUAAUUGUACUUUUAUUGUAUGUUUAUUAUACAUUAAAUUGUAUAGCUUAUAUACAAAACCAGUUUCUGCUUAGUUUUUUAAUGACUUACACCGAGGUUGGCGGCACAAUUUUUCCCCUUUGCUACACUUUGUUCAAGCUAUUUAUUCAUGUCAACUAAUAAGAUGGAAGUUAUAUAGACUAAUAAAUCAUAAGGCACGUUUACAUAAAAUACGUUAACUUCGGACUCUCCUAAAAAGGUGGAUAGCUUCACCAAGUAGGGUCAUGAGCCCAUCUACACUGCAUCAUUCAAUCUUAUCUACAGCAGAAUUAUAUUAUAUUCAACAAACGUCUCUUUCCCUCAGGAAGAUGAAGCAUUUGAGUCUCUUUGCUCUAACCGCUCUCCUGCUGUUCAACGGAUGUCACUGCACCACCGUAGCGCCGUCUUCGGCGCCUGCCUCAACCAAUCCAGCCACGAGCGCUAGUUCUGCAGCAGCUUCGACGGCGGCGAUCACGGCCUCGACGACCAGCGCGGCGGCGGCUACCUCCUCGAGCUCGGUCUAUCAGCUUCUCUGCGCAGGUGUUGUUACCUGGACGCUGUCACUCGUUCACUGGAGAAAUUAGCUGAAAUAUGGAGGACGGAAGAUGACACAAUCUAGCAAACGACUAUUAAUUGUUCUCGCCAUGUUCACAAGUUGUUGUUUUUGGACUUCACACCAUGUUAAUAAAUGUUCUUCAAUAUUGCUUUGUUAAGUAUUAAUCUAAGAUAUCUUAUUUGAAGAACUAGACGAAUUUGCUUUAAAAUAGAAUGUAUUUUGAUGACCAUUUUAUAUCAAGUUCCAUACAUACUUUAAAAUGUCAAUGUUAGCAACUUUCAUGACAGGCAUAUGAAUGUUAAUUAUUUCAUUGACUGUAUUUUUCAUUGAAGACAAUAUUAAUGCUCUGAAUUCAAAUACAAAUACUUCUCAGGGAAGCGAAUAAACACACCUUGAAGUCCCUCUAUGAUGAGUAAUGAGAGAUUGAUAUUUUAGGCAAAGGUCAAAAAACACUUUCAUUUUCUUAUAAUAUGCAUUAUAUUGGUAACGCUUUAAAACACAAUAAUUUUUUUGUAUUAAGUGCUUUAUUCAUAUUAACCAUAUAGACUCAUUAUUAGCUGCUAAUGUGGCAGUCGUUAAUGAAUAGCAUUAAUUCAGUAUUAUCUGUGCUUUUAGUGAAACAUGAGUUAUUUGUGUACUUGUAUUGUAAAGGGGUUACUCGUUGUUUGAUUACAAUGGCACUUUGCAUGCUUUCUAGGCUAUAUAUGCUAAUCCAGUAAAAAAUUUGCAUUCAACUUUUGUUUUUGGGAAACAUACAUGCUGCAGUAUUUUGGAAAUGACAUCUGCAUAUUUUUCCAAAUAUCAGUGAUUUGUAAGUGGUCUACAAUGGAUGGGACAAAAAUGCCUGGUAAACACAUUUAGUAAACCUCUUUAAAUUAGUCCUGUCUGCACAGUACACAUAUUAUGACCCCUUUAAAGUAGUAGUCAAUCCAACACUGAUAUGCAUACUUUACAUGCUUUUCUUGUUUCACACACCUGUUUCAAAUCCCUGUUAGAAGAGAGCUCCAUGAAUCAACUGUGUUCUGAUCUUACAUCUUACAUCUUCCCUACACAGUGUACACUGCUCUUUACUCAAAAACUCGGAUUUGCAUCACACACAUAGACAAAACGUACAACAAAGCCGUGAAGGGUUAUUUAACUGCAAUUAUGAAAUUUGCAUAAUAGUCAACUCUCACUUCAGUGCUCUCUGAAUGAAACGUAUACAGCAUGCUCCUUUCAGUUAUGUACACUUUGCAGGACAGUUACGGUCAAACGGAACAAACACAAGGUCCAGGAUGAACAGCUGCUUGAACGUGACGGCCGUUUCACCUUUCACCGUUGCUCCUAUUCACAUCCAGUGCAAGAAUGAUGAACAAAUUGAUUCGUAAAUCUGUUCCCAUUAGUUUUUAGCCAAUUUUUUUCCCAUUAGCCAAUUUUCCACAAGCUGAUAUGAUUCUUUGGGUCUUAAUGGAAAGUCUGUAAUAUAGUUUGUUUAAAACUUCUCAAUGGUAGCGUACAUAAACACCCGUUUUACCCUUUUCAAAGCACUCCGUUCAGUGUACUUCUCCUUUAAAUCUUUACGAGCUCUGCUGACCCCGCCCCUCUUUUCCAAGUUUAUUUAGCCGUGUUUAUAGUCCUAGACGAUACAUUCAUAGUGAAACUAGCUAAUUAGCACAUUAUUAGGAAAGGUGACAUUAAACUCACUGCUUCUGUAGGUGAGGCUGGAUCACGUGAAGUAUUGAGGUAGUUAACCUCAAUCAUCUGCAUGGAUUUUUACACAGAUUUUUAACACUGGAUGGAUUUUUAUCAUCAUUAUAGGGUGAUACACACAUUUCAGUUCAGUCAACUUGUAAAAGUGCAUGCAGCGUUAUAUGACUCCUUUAACCUUAACUUUAACCUUUAACCGUGACGCCCAUGUUUGAGUGCAGGCCUGCAGAGGUGAUAUCAAAAUUCAAUUUGGUUCACCCUAAAAAUUAUAGUAAUUAAAAGCCAUAGGUCAUAAGAAGUUGUGUUCCAAAUUUGAGACUGAUAUCACAAAAAAAUAAGCUGCUAUACACAUUUAUGCUUAAUUUACGAUCCCUAGUCAUUCUUGUGAGGUGUCUGAAAAUUCAGCUUCUGGAAAAAGCAUGUCUAGUUCGUCAUCGCCGGACUCCUCGCGCUCUUCAUCACUUGAUUUGCAAAGCUCAUCUACAACUUCUAAUAGUGUAUACAACUCAUUUUUCUGCCUCUUCGGAAGUUGCUUCGAGCCCUUGCAGGUUCACUUUGAUCUCCUCUGUGUUGACAAACGUUCAGCAGCAGGUGGACAGGUGAUCAGCAACAGGAGGUCUUCAGGUGAACCUGCUCUCUAUCUGAACCGGGGAUAUAAACAACCAGAAGGCAGAGAUGAUUGUGCUGUGAUAUUAAACGGACAGCGGCAUGAUUUGACAUGUAGUGCAACCCAACUUUUCAUCUGCAACAACAGUGAGUUCAUUAAUAGACGCACCAUAUACCAAAUUUUAAUGGAAUACUUUCAAUAUCAGACGAGGAACUGGAGGGACGCUCAGAGUCACUGCAGACAGAAUCACAUUGAUCUGAUCAGUGUGAGGAACCAGGAGGAGAAUCAACAGAUUGAGCAGUUCAUUAGUGAUAAUAAUUUAUCUGGAUCAUGGAUCUUGAUCGGUCUGUUCAGAGACUCCUGGCAGUGGUCAGAUCAGAGUAACUCCUCAUUCAGAUACUGGAGAACUGGUGAACCUAAUAAUAGUGGAGGUCAUGAAGACUGUACAGCUGUUGAUCAGAAAUCUCAGGGACAAUGGAUUGACGACUCUUGUGACAAACAAUAUCCUUUUGUGUGUCAUGAAGAUAAACUGAUUGUGAUCAGAGAGAAUCUGACGUGGUCUGAAGCUCUGAGAUACUGCAGACAGAAUCAUGUGGAUCUGGUCUCGGUUCAUUCAGAAGAGAUUCAGCGUCGUGUGAAGAACGUGGUUAAACUGGCGUCUACUGCUGAGGUGUGGAUGGGUUUACACAACUACUGCGUCAUGAACAUGUGGCUCUGGCUGAGUGGAGAGAUCGUGUGUUAUCAGAACUGGGCUCCAGGGAACGGAACGACGCCAGAAAACUGCAGCCUCGAGAAAAGAAAAGGAGCAGUUCAGUCUGGAGGAGAUCAACGCUGGAUCAGUCUUCCUGAAAACACCAAACUCAACUUCAUCUGCAGCAGAUACUAAGAGUGGAGGACAGAUAUCUGUACCAGAUACAGUUUUCAUUU